GACUGUUGAUCUCCUCAUGCAAGAGUCAGGAUGUCGUUUAGAACAUCCUUCUGCUACCAAAUUCCGAAAUCAUGUCAUGGAAGGAGACUGGGAUAAGGCAGAAAAUGACCUGAAUGAACUAAAGCCCUUAGUGCAUUCUCCUCAUGCUAUUGUGGUAAGAGGCGCACUUGAAAUCUCUCAAACGUUGUUGGGAAUAAUUGUGAGGAUGAAGUUUUUGCUGCUGCAGCAGAAGUACCUGGAGUACCUGGAGGACGGCAAGGUCCUGGAGGCGCUUCAAGUUCUGCGCUGCGAAUUGACGCCCCUGAAGUACAACACGGAGCGCAUCCAUGUUCUCAGCGGCUAUCUGAUGUGCAGCCACGCAGAAGACCUCCGAGCAAAAGCGGAAUGGGAGGGCAAAGGGACGGCCUCCCGCUCCAAACUGCUGGACAAGCUGCAGACCUAUUUGCCACCAUCAGUGAUGCUGCCCCCGCGGCGUUUACAGACCCUCCUGCGGCAGGCGGUGGAGCUACAGAGGGACCGGUGCCUGUACCACAAUACCAAACUCGAUAAUAACCUAGAUUCCGUGUCUCUGCUCAUAGAUCAUGUGUGUAGUAGGAGGCAGUUCCCGUGUUAUACUCAGCAGAUCCUUACGGAGCAUUGUAAUGAAGUGUGGUUCUGUAAAUUCUCUAAUGAUGGCACGAAACUAGCAACAGGAUCAAAGGACACAACAGUUAUCAUAUGGCAAGUUGACCCGGACACACAUCUGCUAAAACUGCUUAAGACGUUAGAAGGACACGCGUAUGGCGUUUCUUACAUAGCGUGGAGUCCGGAUGACAACUACCUUGUUGCGUGUGGCCCAGAUGACUGCUCUGAGCUCUGGCUCUGGAGUGUGCAGACGGGAGAGCUGAGGACAAAGAUGAGCCAGUCUCACGAGGACAGUUUAACAAGUGUGGCCUGGAACCCAGACGGAAAGCGCUUCGUGACUGGAGGCCAGCGCGGCCAGUUCUAUCAGUGUGAUUUAGAUGGUAACCUCCUUGACUCCUGGGAAGGGGUCAGAGUGCAAUGCCUCUGGUGCUUGAGCGACGGCAAGACGGUUCUGGCAUCAGAUACACACCAGCGAAUCCGGGGGUACAACUUCGAGGAUCUUACAGAUAGGAACAUAGUACAAGAAGAUCACCCCAUUAUGUCUUUUACUAUUUCCAAGAACGGCCGGUUAGCUUUGUUAAAUGUAGCAACUCAGGGAGUUCAUUUAUGGGACUUGCAAGACAGAGUUUUAGUAAGAAAGUAUCAAGGUGUCACGCAAGGGUUUUAUACAAUUCAUUCAUGUUUUGGAGGCCAUAACGAAGACUUCAUCGCUAGUGGCAGUGAGGAUCACAAGGUUUACAUCUGGCACAAACGUAGUGAACUGCCCAUCGCGGAGCUGACAGGGCACACGCGCACAGUCAACUGUGUGAGCUGGAACCCACAGAUCCCGUCCAUGAUGGCCAGCGCCUCCGACGACGGCACUGUUAGAAUAUGGGGACCAGCACCUUUUAUAGACCACCAGAAUAUUGAAGAGGAAUGCAGUAGCAUGGAUAGUUGAUGGCGAGUGUGGAGCAGACGGCUUCUGUUUAACUUAAAAUUAGUCGUAUUUUAAUGGCUUGGGAUUUGGUGCAAACAAACAUGAUUGAUAGCUGGACAGACAUGCUCGUCAUGAAAAAAAGAACCAUUUCUGAAGCCCGAUUGGGGCCAAACAUUUACACCUUGCUUCAUAGUAACCAGUUGAGAUGAAGCACGUCGUUAGAACGUUGUUGGACGCCAUGUCGAAUCGCCCCCAUCGGUUGUGAAGGACUGUGCUACAUUCAGGCUUACCCACCGAACUCCGUAUAUAUAUUGUUUUCCCUCCUGCCUUUUGUCUGGUGGGACACCAUUCUUGUUGCUCUUCUGUGUAAUGAAGUUUAAAUGCUUGUUUGGAAAACUUUAUUUAACAGUUUAGAAGGCUUGAUAGAAGGAGUGCAUUAGUCUGAAGAGUACACAUUGGAUAGGAAAGAGUUUCCUCCUUUUGUUUCUCCAGAUCUUUCCGCCUUAUUUAGCUUGAGAUCUUUGCAGCUUGGUUCAUGGAUUCUAGCCUUUGCCCGUUGCGCAGUAGAUACUGAUCCAGAUGACAAACCAGUGAACUAUGUCAAAAGCACUCUCAAUAUGACAUUUGACAAAAAGUUUUGUACUUUUCACAUAGCUUGUUGCCCCGUAAAAGGGUUAACAGCACAAUUUUUUAAAAAUAAAUUAAGAAGUAUUUAUAGGAUUAAAGUGACUUCAUUUGUAUACAUUUGGAAUCUAAACCAGCUUAAAAGAGUUUCCUGUAUGACUUAGAUACGCAGUACUCUUCCGGAAUCCCACGUGAGACUUGGUCAGAACCAGAGCUUGGAAGGACGUGACACAGGAAAUCCAGAGUAAUCCCUUGAAGGUUUGCCCCUUCCAUUUUUUUUUCUCCCUGAAGGAACAUCAGUACCUGAUGUCGAAGAAAUUCAAGAUUCAAAAAGAGAGGAUUUUAAACCUAUACCAAUAGGAGAGAUUGGUAGUGAGUCAGCGUAGCUUUUCCUAGAGCACGUUCCAAGCUGUUCCCCACUUGGGAGGCUGUUCUGACGGGGGUCCAGCCCAAGUGGAAAGCAGGUGUGACCACCGGGAAAGUUCAUAGUAGGGUGGAGUGUGUUAGAAGACUCCACAGGCCACAGACCGGAACCGGGUUUAAAACCUCAGAGCCCUGUAUCUGAAUUGCCCUUAACAUUUUGACCUACAGGGGGACAUAAACGUACAGAACGCUCCUCAGUGUCUCCGAUCUUGCCAUACCGAACCUCAUUCCAAACUGGUGCUGUGGGUAGUCUUUGCCUCCCCUUUCCCUGGAAGCUCGAGGAGAGGUUUUCUCCAUGGAAAAGCACUUUUAAUCUCGAGAAUUUCACAGUUAAAAGAAGCCAAAAGCCUGAUGUUCACAUUGUGCUUUUAAACCCCACCACAGCCGGGCACAGCGUACUUGAUCUCCUCUGAAACCCUUCCCCACUCCCGCAGAGGGUCAAAGGGGCCACGGCUGUUACGGUGGGGGAGGAGUGGCAGCGCCCCCGAGGUGAGGUUCUGGCGAGGACAAGGGCCUAUGCCAAGUCCCCUCUAGGGCCCGGGACCCGCAGAGCAGAGCGAGGAAAGGCUUGGGUGUCGGGGACUCUCCCAUGGGGGUGUCAGGGAGGGGAGACGAAAGAAAACCACAAUUGGCCUUAAAAUAGCACGGAUUCUCCCAAAAGCUCAUAGCAACAGGAAGUGACAGACUGUGGUCAGCAGGUCAUUUUAUCAAAUUGGUAUGUCAAAGAUUUCCUUAAGCUCCAUUUUGCAGAGACCUCCACUUAGAGAAUCAAGAAUUCCUGUUUUGAUACUUAUAAGUUACGAUAACCACCUGUUACAGUUUACCUGGUACUUCAUUUUUCUUAACUAAGAUUACUUCUUACUUUAAGCUUGAAUAAAAAUCUUCAUUGGUAACUGUAUAUAAUUCAGUGGCAACUUCUCUUUACCGUAGUUCAGUUAAAUCCAGUUCAGUUAAAUCCAGUCAUGUUUUCUGCCCUGAGGCCGGUAGUUACCGCACCCCUGUCUCCACAGCAGAUAUAACAAAAUGUGGGCACGGAAACGCCACAGCUGCUGACAGGUUAGGUCCAGCGCACCCCCAAGAUGGGCGCCCAGUGGUGGGGCUCAGCCCUCCACUCCUCGCCUCACCCGACUGCCCCCACGUAGUUGAGGACCACUCUGAAAGAGCGGAUAAAAGGGAGGCCCACUUGACAGAGAACACAGAAGAACGAUGGUGCCAAGGUCUCAGGGGCUGUGAGCCCUCAGCCACCCAGACACGCCGUGCCCUGCACCUGCCGCGCGGGGUCCCGUAGGGCAGGCGAGGCAAAGAGCCUGGCAGCAGGACGGGGCGACCCGUAGCUAUGAGGUGACCAGCUCCAACAGGGCUCUAGUCUCUGCAUAGGCCCGAGAGUUAAGGGGACCGCCAAGCUGGCGCGACAUGCUAACAUAGAAACUGAAAAGUACCAAUACUUUUUGCACAUAGAUCAAAAGUAGAGUGGAGAGUUUGGGCUCCAAAACUCAGGUUAGUAGGCUCGUUUCCAUGUGCUUAAAAAUGUGUUCUCAUUUGUUCAUAAAGGGCAGAGCAAGUAUGAUAUUAAAUGUCUUUUCCUCCAAACAACCGGUGGUCGAUAGUACAGUGUUGGAGCGGAGGACUGUGGGAGUGGGUGGGGGUGGCAAUGAAGAGGUCAGGUGGCGGCGGGGAGGGGUGACGGCUUUGGCCUGGGGUUUGUACCGUCAGUGUUCCUACCCUCUGCGUUCCCGCUGCUCUUCUAGGCCAGGUAAACAUGUGUGUUUAAACCAGGUAAGUCGUUUAAAAUAGGAGAGCAUACUAGCCAGCGUCCCUAUAGAUGGGCCUGUGUUCGUGGGUGGGAGAGCAAAAAGGAAUUCCCUAACUUUAAAUACAAACUAAAUGAUUAAAGUCAUCUGCCUAGUUGAAAGCAAAAAAAAAUCCCAACUUUCUGUCAACAUUUGUCUGAAAUCACACUCGUAGAAAUACGAUUUUUUUGUUCUUAGGUGUGUUCUCCCUCUAGAGUGGCGUCCGUGACAUUAAUAGAAAACCCUUCUUCCCCACCCCUCCCCACCUUGAAAUUUUCUUUUUUAGGGUGUUGUUUCCUGCACACAAGAGCUGACCUAUCACCUCUGCUCACGGUGGUAAAUGUAUCGUACAUCUCUUGAGAGGGAAAUCUCUCUGUCACGUUCUUUCACAGCAGAAGAAUGGCAGCUUUUGAAUGGGGAGGAAAGAAGACAUUUUUCUUAAUAUCCUUUUUGUCCCAUCUCUAAAGCAUAAACGUACCUCGCUUUAGUUUUAAUUUCUCAUUUAGACUUCAGCAACUCUCUUUAAGCGUUACUUUCCCAAAGAUUCCUUGGGUUUUCAAAACCAGACCUGAUUUAAUAUAAACUCACUUUAAACGAAGAGGUGAAUUUGUGUUUAUUUACACAUAAACACUUUCUAAAAACAGGGUGAACUGAACUGAAGUUUUCAGUGUCAUGAGCUAUUGUUACAGUGGCCUCCCUCUAGUUGCAGAAACAAAAUCUGUACAAGCCUGUUCCCUGUCUACUUAAUCCAGAUAGGCUGAAUUUCACUCAAUCCAGAUUGAGUGAAACUAAUAGCAUAAAAACGUGUGCAUGUUGUGUGUGUGGAAGAGAGCGUACUGAGUUCAUCAGAAGCCCUAGAAACAGCUUUCUGGGUUCUUGUGUCAAUUUUACAAAGUCUCGUGCACAUGUGAAGUGCCCUCUCUGAAGUUAAGGUCUGGUUAAUACUGGUAUAUUUUUAUAAGAUUGAGAUGUGUCCCCACGCUUAACUCAGACAUUUGCAUUAUCAGGGUCAAUGUGCUAAAACCGAAUUGUAACAUUUUUAGACACAGAUGGAAAAAUUGUCAUUGGCUCCUUGAAAACUUGUGUGUGUGGUGAGGGGAACAGAUCCACAAAAGCAUGUGCGUACUUACAAACCAAGCUGUAGAGAUCGGGAAAAGAACUUAAGUGUUGAUCUCAAGAUACCUAAAUUGUCAAGAUUUACCCGGCAUUGUGGUGGAACUAGUUAACACUUAGAGCUUUCGGUAUGUAAUAACCAUCGCUAUGGACUGAUUCAGUGUUUCCAAUCCAAGGAUUGUGUUCUUAAAUUUGGGGGGGGGUUCUGUUUUUUGGGGGUUUUUUUGUUUUUUGUUUUUUUAAACUGCCUCUCAGAUUAUAUUUCGUAGUUUAAAAUUCUUUGCUUUAUUAUCUCAUUAAAGCAUAAAAAACUUCAGGUCUCGGAUAUUUAUUUUCACUUGUUCUACUAAUUAUUUACAAAACACCCUUUGUUAACUUUAAUUUUAUAAAUGUGUAGUAUAUUAAACGUCUUUAAAUUUUGUUCAAUUGAAACUACAUUAACUUUGAUUUGCUUUCCUGGGAUUUUUUUUUUAACACACCUUUUCCGUGUCCGUGCAUAGCACCUAACCAGUCCUUUGUGUUCCCUUUCAAUCCAAUAAACAGAAUGAGUAAGAAA